UCAUGUCUCGACGCGAAGUUUCCUUGAAGAGCGCGGGAGCUGAGAAGUGGCGGGUCAAGAGAGUGCUUGGAAAGUUUAGCUUGUCCAUUCGUCCGCCAGGUGCUCCUGGGAGAGACAAGGCCGAGUCCCUUGGAGCUUCCUGUCCCGGCAGCCGGCUACCUCGAGUGCCUCUGCCUCCCAGCUACUGGGGUUCUUGGUUUCAGAGAUGACUGAGGAACUGGAUCUGUCAGGACACAAUUCGGAUGCAGGUAGUGAAGAAGUCGUUCUAACACCAGCAGAGCUCAUUGAAAGACUGGAGCAGGCCUGGCUGAAUGAAAAGUUUGCCCCUGAGCUACUGGAAAGCAGGUCUGAAAUUGUGGAAUGUGUCAUGGAACAGCUUGAUCACAUGGAAGAUAACCUCAGGAGAGCCAAGAAGGGGGAUCUGAAGGUCAGUAUCCACCGAAUGGAGAUGGAGAGGAUCCGUUACGUACUGAGCAGCUACCUGAGGUGUCGACUGAUGAAGAUAGAGAAGUUUUUCCCUCAUAUCCUUGAAAAGGAGAAAACACGCCCAGAGGGGGAACCAUCUAGUCUUUCUCCAGAAGAGUUUGCCUUUGUCAAAGAGUAUAUGGCUAACACAGAGACUUACCUAAAGAAUGUGGCCUUAAAGCAUAUGCCUCCUAACUUACAGAAAGUGGACCUGUUGAGGUCAGUUCCCAAACCAGAUCUAGAUUCUUACGUGUUUCUGAGAGUGAGAGAACGACAAGAAAACAUACUGGUGGAACCAGAAAUAGAUGACCAAAGAGAUUAUGUGAUUGACUUGGAAGAAGGCUCUCAGCACUUGAUCCGGUAUAAAACCAUUGCCCCUCUCGUUGCUUCGGGGGCAGUCCAGCUAAUUUAAAACCAAAAGUAAGCGAGAAUUAAGACAUGGAAGCCCUCCUGUCACUUUGUAUCAAAGGACAACGGACUUUUCUGAGCAGUGCUGUUGAUCCUUUGGACAUCGAUCCAGAACUCAAAGCAGGACCAGAUAUUUCAUGUAAUCCACAAACUUUAGACCAUUUCCAUCAGCAGCAGCAGAGGGGGCCAUUGCUCUGUUUAUUCUGCAAACAGCAAGACACAGAGACUUGCACUUAGGGCACCUUUUCCCUUUGUGUCAUCAUUUUGGCUCAGGAAAAUGAGGCAGGGAUAGCACCUAAGCAGACAUCACUGUCUCUGUAAGAUGAGAGAACUGCAGGCUGUCCUGGCAGGAUGGUGUCAGGGGGCUUCAUUAAAUCUUGGCAGAAAAACUAAAUAGGUUAAACGAACAGCUAUGGGCUUCUCUGACACAUCACCAGAUUGUGUGAACUAAGCUUUUGGAACUCCCAGUGCUGAAUUUAAAAUCAGUUUCUGUCAUGUUUGAGGAACACAGCUAAGCCAAUAAAGCACCAUUAAGCUCCAGUUUCAUCACAGAAGUAGCCUCAGACCAGUUCUUAGUUGUUUAUUUUUGGUUUUUGUUUUUGUUUUUUCUUCCCUCCUGGUAAGCUGCAGCCUUCCCUGAAUCACAGACAGAUUUGCCAAGCCAGCCUCCAGACCAUCUGUUCAUCGUUGGUCAAGAUUCUGUUAGUCUGAGCAACAUUCGCUGUUUUAUACUGUGGCAUCAGUAGCAGCUUUUCCUUUUUAUUUAAGUUUGGCUGUGGCUCUGGCAAUGAACCUAAAGCCUCACAGGUACAUGAAACCACCCAGCAAUCUCACCAGCACACUCGCUUCAUUUUGUAUCCUGAGAGAAGAGUGAGAGAGACAGAGAGGAAGACACAUCAAACCACUGCUCCGGGAGUCGGGCGGAGCUCAGUGGGUUAAGUGCAGGUGGCGCAAAGCACAAAGAUCGGCAUAAGGAUCCCGGUUCGAGCCCUUGGCUCCCUACCUGCAGGGGAGUCCCUUCAGAGGUGGUGAAGCAGGUCUGCAGGUGUCUUUCUCUGCCCCUCUCUGUCUUUCCUUCCUCUCUCCAUUUCUCUCUGUCCUAUCCAACAACAAUGACAGCAAUAACAACAACAACAACGAUAAACAACAAGGGCAACAAAAGGGAAAAUUAAUUAAUUAA